UGUGGGUUAAAACAAAAAUAAAAUUGUUUUUUUUUUGCAAUCUCAACAACUUUCAUCACAGCAAUAAAUUAGUGACGGAAAUUGUUACGAAAAUGUCCGGUGAAAACCUGGGCGAUGAAAUGAGUGAGAUUUCGAUAGACAGUGUCGCAGUGAACGAGGAAAUCGAAACCUUCGAGACGCAUACACUCGUGGAAGAAGAAGCAGGGGCAUCCACCCCGGUAGACUGCCAGGAGAUCCUCAUCGGCGAACUAUUUGAACGACCACCCUCCGUAGUGGAAGGCCACGUGGCAGACAGCGCUGGCUUUGUGUGCAACAUCUGUUCCAAGCGUUUCGAUGAACCACGAAAGUUGGUUCGCCACGUGGAAUGCCACAGCCGGCGGCGCUUCAAGUGCGAACAGUGUGGACUGUUUCUGAAAUCUCGGUCCAGUUUCAAUUCGCACCAACAGAGGCACCGGAAUGGGAAGCGAUUUCAGUGUGACGUCUGUGGCAAAGGGUUUGCGGCAGCCAGGGAUUUAAAAAAUCACCGAAAAGUUCACGACGCGCAGGCGGAACGGUUUCGAUGCGACGAGUGUGGGAAGGAUUUCGGUAGGAUCUAUUCACUGAUGGAUCAUAAAAGGUUACACAGUGGAAAGGAGGUAUUCAGCUGUGAUAAGUGCGAUAAGGUUUUCCCCAAGCGGAGAAAUCUCCUGUUGCAUGAGAGAUCGCAUUUGGUGGACGAAGAGGUGAGUUAAUAAAACCAUUUUGAGUGUAUUUU